UGGAGGAAACCCUUUUAUCUCACAAUCAAUGUCAUCGAUAGAUUCCUUGCUGUUCAUCAAAUCGUUAGGAAAAAGCUCCAGCUCGUUGGUGUGACCGCUUUGUUGCUAGCUUGUAAAUACGAGGAAGUCUCAGUUCCAGUAGUAGAUGAUCUCAUCUUGAUCUCUGAUAAAGCUUACACUAGAAGAGAAGUAUUGGAUAUGGAGAAGCUAAUAGCCAACACCUUGCAGUUCAAUUUCUCAUUGCCUACUCCGUAUGUGUUCAUGAAAAGGUUUCUCAAAGCUUCCCAAUCUGACAAAAAGGUUGAGGUUUUAUCGUUUUUUAUCAUCGAGCUUUGCCUCGUCGAGUACGAGAUGCUGGAGUAUACUCCAUCUAAGCUAGCAGCCUCGGCAAUCUACACUGCUCAGUAAUUAGAACAAAAAGGAAACAAAAGCCCAAAUCGAAAAAGGAAACAGCUUCUGUAAGCUAGCAGCCUCGGCAAUCUACACUGCUCAGUGUACACUUAAAGGUUUUCAGGAAUGGGGCAAAACCUGUGAGUUUCACACAGGCUACAAGGAAGAACAGCUUCUAGCAUGUGCAAGAAAGAUGGUUGGUUUCCAUCACAAGGCAGGAACAGGGAAGCUAACAGGAGUUCACAGGAAGUACAACACAUCAAAGUUCUCUUAUGCUGCAAGAACCAAACCAGCUGGAUUUCUACUUUAAUGGAGGAAAAACUAUAGCAAUAAGAUCGAAUGACAAAACAUAAUGAAUUUACUCAAGUUUUUUGGAAACAAAAAAGAGUUCAAAAGAAGAAAAACAGCAGCGAUCUUUCUUUACUCAAGAGAGAAUAAAAAAGAUACAAUGGUUCUUUUUAUAUGGUGCUUUAUAUUCUUUCUACUUGUGAAUCAAAUCACCUUUAAACUUACACUAGAUUUUGAUCCGCGCUUUCAAAGCACGGGAUUAU